AUGACAUCGGGUAUACCAUUCGUUGUUACUGCAGCUACUGCUAGUUCAAUAGUAGUCGUUGUUGCAUCUCUAACUGUAGUGGUAUCACUGUUUAGUGACAUCAAUAACUUUUAUGACGGAGUAAUUACAGAAAUUGAUGAUUUUAAGACGAUCGCCAAUGAUGCCUGGAAAGUAAUGAUUGACGUUAAAAAACAUGUGCCCGAUGUUUCAAAUGCGGUACCGGUCUCCCAAUCUUCUGCUGACCGUUUCAAGCGUCAAUACAUGGAAGACUCUGGCGUCAGUGGAGGUUCUUCAGCUGGUGUUCGAAUGAACAAUAAUAGAAAGCGUGCAAAUAAGUGCCCGCCAGGACCUCGUGGCCCCCCUGGAGAACCUGGUUUACCAGGA